AUGGGGACUUCGAGCUCAACCCUAUCCAGACACGGUACCAGCAGUGUUGUAGACGAUCGUCCGAUGAAGACGGAGGUGGAACCCAUUUGUUCCCCGGUUCCUCCUCUCCUCGUUGAGAGCCGUGAGAGCCGCGAGAGCCCCGAGAGCCGCGAGAGCCGCGAGAGCCCCGAGAGCCCCGAGAGCCCCGAGAGCCCCAAGAUCCCCAAGAGCCCCAAGCGGUCUGGGUGGACUUCGUCUGAAACAGCAACCAACACAUCCAUCUCCGAGGACGGAACACCAACGACACAGCGCAAAGGAGUCUGGUGCAAAUGCUUUCGUCUCGAAGAUGGCUCUACGUGGAAGGUCGACCAGCCUCUGUCUUCCCUGAAAUAUCAGCAGGUGGUUCCGCCGUCUGAAGCCCGGCAAGUCUUCACGUGCCGUCUUCAAGCAGACCCAGCCGGCAAGUACAAGGGUAUCCUAGAGGCCGUUGUCAAGGUGAAGUACCAUGUUUUCGCUCACGUAGAGCGUAGGAUUCACGGAACGAAGAAACGUGUCCAAGAGUAUGAAGAUGCCGUCAAAGAACGGGCGUGUAAGGCAGGAGCAUCCCCAGAGAACCGAGUCCGGGCCCACAACCUACGGAUUGCACAAGAACGCCUCAAGAACGCUACCAAGCCGAACCCUACGCCUAGCCCUGCUACACAACGCGAGUUGAAAGCACUCGAACUUAUGGCUAAAGAGGGCUGUGCUUACACUCUACAUCUCCUAGAACAUGCCGUGUACACUGUCGAUACACAGAUUGACAAGAAGGCAAUGCCAGGUGGCUUCCUUGUUUACAUACUCAUGACGAAACUACCAGGUCAGCCUAUUGUCUAUGGGUAUUGGGAGCUCCCGCCCUGCGAGAGGGACUUGAUCCGGAAGGCGUUCAAGGAGGCUUUGACGGAGGUCUGGAAACUUGGGAUUUACCCUUUCGACCGCGCUCGCUGA